GAAUGAGCCUGGAGAGGACACACUGCCACAGCUGGAGGAAUCCCCCAUUUCCGUGUCAUUUGCGUGGGCCCUGCUGUGAAAUGAACCCAGCAAGGACUCGCUGGACUCCUAUUUCUUCCCUUGCUGAGUACCUCGGAGCCAUUGUUCCAGGGUUGUUCUAACUGGGUCCUGUCCUCCUCUUGCCAAGGCACACAGCCCAGUCCAGUAGGUGUUCCUAGGCUCAUCUGCCAGCCUGAACAUGAACACGGGCAAAGCUGGUGACAGCCGGGGUUCCCCAGGGACAUGGGGCCCCAUGGGGUCCAGCCCGCAAGAACAGGACUUCUCAUGAUGCGGGUGUCUGGGAGUGAGCACCAUGCCCAUCACACAGGACAAUGCCGUGCUGCACCUGCCCCUGCUCUACCAGUGGCUGCAGAACAGCCUGCAGGAGGGCGGGGACGGGCCGGAGCAGCGGCUGUGCCAGGCGGCCAUCCAGAAGCUGCGGGAGUACAUCCAGCUGAACUUCGCUGUGGACGAGAGUGCCGUCCCGCCUGACCACAGCGCCCCCGAAAUGGAAAUCUGUACUGUGUACCUCACCAAGGAGCUAGGGGACACAGACACUGUGGGCCUUAGUUUCGGGAACAUCCCCGUUUUCGGGGAUUACGGUGAAAAGCGCAGAGGAGGCAAGAAGAGGAAAACCCACCAGGGCCCCGUGCUGGACGUGGGCUGCAUCUGGGUGACGGAGCUGAGGAAGAACAGCCCGGCAGGGAAGAGCGGCAAGGUCCGACUGAGAGACGAGAUCCUCUCCCUGAACGGGCAGCUGAUGGUCGGAGUUGAUGUCAGCGGGGCCAGUUACCUGGCUGAGCAGUGCUGGAAUGGCGGCUUCAUCUACCUGAUCAUGCUGCGUCGCUUUAAACAGAAAGCCCAUUCUACUUAUAAUGGCAACAGUAGCAACAGCUCUGAACCAGGAGAGACACCUACCUUGGAGCUGGGUGACCAAACUGCAAAAAAGGGGAGAAGAUCAAGGAAGUUCGCGGUCAUUUCCAGGUCCCCUUCCAACAAGGCCCCUGAAGACUUCAAGAGCAGUGCUGGCACUGAGCUUACCAGUGACCACAGCACUGAGCUGGAAAACGGCCCAGACCCUGAACUUGGAAAUGGGCAUGCCUUUCAGCUAGAAAAUGGACCCCAUCUAGAGAAGUCAGAACUGGCCAGUGGGACAGAGCAUGGAGUUCCAAAGACAGAUGCUCCCCUGACCACAAGCAACGACAAACGCCGCUUCUCCAAAGCUGGGAAGACGGACUUCCAAUCAAGUGAUUGCCUGACACGGGAGGAAGUUGGCCGGAUAUGGAAGAUGGAGCUGCUCAAAGAAUCGGAUGGGCUGGGAAUUCAGGUUAGUGGAGGCCGAGGAUCAAAGCGCUCACCUCACGCUAUCGUUGUCACUCAAGUGAAGGAAGGAGGUGCCGCUCACAGGGAUGGCAGACUGUCCUUAGGAGAUGAGCUGCUGGUGAUCAAUGGUCACUUACUGGUCGGGCUCUCCCACGAGGAAGCUGUGGCCAUUCUUCGCUCAGCUACUGGAAUGGUACAGCUGGUGGUGGCCAGCAAGGAAAGCUCUGCAGAAGACCUCCUCCAGUUAACAUCUAAGAGUUUGCCUGAUCUGACCAGCUCCGUGGAGGACGUGUCUUCUUGGACUGACAACGAGGACCAGGAGGCCGACGGAGAAGAGGACGAAGCAGCUGGCCCGUCUUCCCUCCAGGGAGCAAUGCCCGGGACGGAGGACCCCCAAGAUCUGCGCGGCACUGAGGACUCCAAGGAGAACGUGGAAAGCCCCAAACAGGGCGGCAAUAAAACAAAGCCCAAGAGCCGUCUUUCAGGGGGUGUUCACCGCCUAGAGUCUGUUGAAGAAUAUAACGAGCUGAUGGUGCGGAAUGGGGACCCUAGGAUCCGUAUGUUGGAGGUCUCCCGAGAUGGCCGGAAGCACUCCCUCCCUCAGCUGCUGGAUUCUUCUCGAUCAUCACAGGAAUACCACAUUGUGAAGAAGUCUACCCGCUCCUUAAGCACCACUCAGGUGGAAUCUCCUUGGCGGCUCAUUCGACCAUCCGUUAUCUCCAUCAUUGGGCUGUACAAGGAAAAAGGCAAGGGCCUUGGCUUUAGCAUUGCUGGAGGUCGAGACUGCAUUCGGGGACAGAUGGGAAUUUUUGUCAAGACCAUUUUCCCAAAUGGAUCAGCUGCUGAGGACGGAAGACUUAAAGAAGGAGAUGAAAUCCUAGAUGUAAAUGGAAUACCAAUAAAGGGCUUGACGUUUCAGGAAGCCAUUCAUACCUUUAAGCAAAUCCGGAGUGGAUUAUUUGUCUUAACGGUACGCACAAAGUUACUAAGCCCCAGCCUCACGCCCUGCUCGACACCCACACACAUGAGCAGAUCCAGCUCCCCGAACUUCAACAUCAGCAGGGGACCUUCCCUGGGAGGUUCAGAGGAGCCCAGAGUUGGACUGGGCAUUGGUGCGUGCUGCCUGGCCCUAGAAAACAGUCCUCCGGGCAUCUACAUUCACAGCCUUGCCCCAGGAUCAGUGGCCAAGAUGGAGAGCAACCUAAGCCGUGGAGAUCAAAUCCUAGAAGUGAACUCCAUCAACGUGCGCCAUGCUGCUUUAAGCAAAGUCCACGCCAUCUUGAGCAAAUGCCCCCCAGGACCCGUUCGCCUUGUCAUCGGCCGGCACCCUAAUCCAAAGGUUUCCGAGCAGGAAAUGGAUGAAGUGAUAGCACGCAGCACUUACCAGGAGAGCAAAGAGGCCGGUUCCUCUCCUGCCUCAGGUACCCCUUUGAAGAGUCCCUCUCUUACAAAAAAGGACUCCCUUGUUUCUGAAUCUGAACUCUCCCAGUACUUUGCCCACGAUGUCCCGCAUCCCUUGUCAGACUUCAUGGUGGCUGGCUCUGAGGAUGAGGACCACCCAGGAAGUGGCUGCAGCACAUCAGAGGAUGGCAGCCUACCCCCUGGCCCCGCCACUCACAAGGAGCCAGGAAAAGCCAGGGCCAACAGCCUUGUGGCUCUAGGAAGCCAGCGGGCCUCUGGGCUCUUACACAAGCAGGUGACAGUGGCCAGACAAGCCAGUCUCCCUGGAAGCCCACAGGUCCUCCGAAACCCUCUCCUCCGUCAGAGGAAGGUGGGCUGCUAUGAUGCCAAUGAUGCCAGUGAUGAGGAAGAAUUUGAUGGAGACUGCAUUUCACUCUCAGGGGCCCUUCCAGUUCCCAGGAGGUCUCUCACAGAGGACAACUCUAGGCACACCUUAACUUCUUCCAAGGUCACGGAUAUCAACAACCAAGAGCAACAACCCCGGAAAACACUGGUCAGCAAGGCUUGCUCAGCGCCUCUCCUCGGCAGCUCAGUGGACCUAGAGGACAGGGCCCCAGAGGAUAUGGUGGGCACUUCUUCCCAUGCAGCCAACCUGCUAGACUCUGCAGAGACUCCCAAAGGAGGUGCUGGUGGCCCUUGGAAGAAGGAGCUGUCAGGAUCAAGUAGUUCACCCAAACUGGAAUACAAAGUCCAUGAGGACACCCAGAGUCCGAGUCUGAUGAGCACAGACAGCCCUGGUUCCCCCCAGCAGAAGAGUGAGGGCCUGGGGUCCAGACACCGACCAGUGGCUAGGGUCAGCCCUCACUGCAAGAGAUCCGAAGCCAGACCCAGCAGCUCUGGGACAGUGAACCUGACCAGCAGAGCCAGUGAACCAUGCAGUCUUGACUUGAAAGUCCCAGCCACUUCCAUCAAAGUGACCAUUCCUAGUUUUCAGCCAGGUGGAACCAUGGAGAAGGAGUCUCUGGGAAAGCUGACCAUCCCGGAUGCUCGUGUCCCAACCAACUGUGGAUCAGCCAGUGCUCUGUCCCACUCGGACGCCAGCCACCUCACAGAGAACCUGCCCAAAGCUGCACCAGCAGAUCAGGGGCAGGGGCAACAACCUGUGACGGGACUGGACAGCUCCCCAGACCUCACCCCUCCCCGAGGGAAGACAGGGGCCGCACACCCUGACCCCAGCAAGACCUCAGUAGGUGCAGAGCACGUCGGUGGCCUCCAGAACCCUGGUCAGCCUGUGUCCCCUGUGGGCUCCAAGCCCAAGGGCAGAUCACCAGUCAGACUGGCCCUCAAGGGCAGCUUGUCCCCAGGGGAGAAGACAGCAGCUCCUCCUGACUGCAGCAAGAGCAGGGCUGCUCCAGCAGCCAGCUGCACCCCCAGCACCAGGAGCGCAGCUGCUCUCAGGGGAGCAGAACCCAGGGCAGAGGGAGUGACACCAUCUAGUGCUAUCCUAUCAGGAGACGACCUCACAUCCCAGGAGAAGAGACAGGGAGCUCCUGGUAACCACAGCGAGGCUUUGAGAACAGGAACCCAUGCACCUGAGAACCCCCAGGAGUCUGCUCUCCUGGAGGGGACAGAUUCUGUGUCCUCGAGGGCACCGCAGGCCAGCCUCUCUAUGCUACAAUCUACCGACAUGACCAAAGGAGUGUGUGGCAGUGUCUCAGGGCACUGUUGCCCAGUGGGGAGUAGAGAGAGCCCUGUGACAGACAUCGACAGACUCAUCAGGGAGCUGGAUGUGUCUGAGGCAAGGGCUCUGUCUUCCCAGAAAGAAGAGGAGGGGAAUCUGGAAGGCAGUUCUCAGGGCUGCCUGCCUGCCGAGCCCCUAGAAGUCAUGGAAGGUCAGACACCCUCCCCUAGGAGGGCCCGGGCUGCAGGUCCGCUCCCUCACCUUCAGUGGGCCUCCCAACCUUCAGUUUUGGACUCAAUUAAUCCUGACAAACACUUUACUGUGAACAAAAACUUUUUGAGCAACUAUUCUAGAAAUUUCAGCAGUUUUCACGAAGAUAGCACCUCCCUAUCCGGCCUAGGUGACAGUACGGAGCCGUCUCUCUCUUCCAUGUAUGGUGAUGCUGAGGACUCAUCUUCUGACCCUGAAUCGCUCACUGAAGCCCCACGAUCUUCCACCAGGGACAGCUGGUCACCUCCUCAUUCCCGUGGCUCUUCUCACAAGCAAGAUGCCGUGGAGUCUGAGGAGGAGCAAAUAGAAAUCUGUUCCACGAAUAGCUGCCCCAAUCCAUGCUCAAGUCCUGCUCACCCUCCCACCCAGGCUGCUCCCUGCCCUGCCUCAGCCAAGGUUCUGCCACUGAAACACAGUGCUCUGAGCGAGCUGGUAGAGACUCCAUGUGAGAGAGCCACCUUCUUGCCAGGAGCCUCAAGCACUACAAUCCCAAACUCUUCCUCACCGUUUUCACUCUCAGAUGUAAGCUCUCAGGAGCACAACACUCAUAUGGACGUAAGCAUUUCACAGAACCACAGGCCACAGGCCUUGAGUGUAGCAGGAACUGUGGACACCACCAGCGCUGGCUCAGCUGUGGAAAACACUUGGCCUUCUAAUGUCACCGCGCACUUCCACAAACCCCUGCUCACUCUCAGCUCCCCUAACAUGGUAAAUGGUUUAGAACAUGACAUGCUGAAUGGCAAAACCCUAAAUAAACAAGAAACAAACAGUGAUGCAACCAUCCACCCAUCCUUCUUAGGUGCUAAUGUCCCCAAGAUAGGAGAAUCUGUUUUGGCAAACCUGCACAUCUCUGAAAGCCAAGACCUAGAUGAUGUACUACAGAAGCCAAAAGUGGUCGCCAGGAGGCCCAUCAUGGCCUGGUUUAAAGAAAUAAAUAAAAGUAACCAAGGUGCGCACGUGCAGAGCAAAGCUGAGAAGGAACAGUCCAUGACACCAGCCAGGAGUCCCGACUGCAAAAAUCAGCUGUGGAGCUCAAGCCACACAAAGGGGGUCCCCAUGCUGCACAGCCCUCCUCAGCCAAAAGUGAACCUGGAAAUUAAAGACCUGUCUAAGAAAAGUCCGGUGGAAACACUGCUGAGUAACUGCCAGAAACCCAAGUGCAGCCCUAAGCUAAAGAGACUUAGCAUUAAGAGCAAAGGCAGAGUUAGCUCCGAGGCCUCUGCUGCCAGCACAGGGAGGACUACAGGGCUGGACCACAGGAAGCCCCUCACUUCACCCCAGGCCUCCCACAAGACGCUCUUUAAGGGAGCGUCACAGCUGUUCCACUUGGCUGACCAUGAGAAAGCUGCAGCCAGCCCCAGGUCUCCCCAGUGUGUGCUGGAGAGCAAGCCGGCUCUGGCUGCCUCUGGGUCCCUGAAGCCCUCAGCGUCAGACACCAGCAUCAGGACUUUCAUUUCACCCCUGACCACCUCCAAGACUCUUCCUGAGCAGGGUGCCUGCAGUAGGUCUCACACAGCUGUCCACUCUGAGCCCCACAGAGGCUGCCCACCUGCCCCCAGAUGUCCCAAGUGUGGACCUGAGGGCAAGGUGCCCUGCACCAACUCAGGCCCAGUGAGCCCCGCAGCUCCCAGGAGCAUGUCCACAGCAGGGAACAGGCAGAGCGAGCCUCGCUCCAGCAGCUCCACCAGCUCCACCAGCCACGCUGUGUCAGCAGCAUCAGAAGUGGCCCAGCCCAGGCUGCCUGGCGAAAAGGGAAGCAGCACAGUUGCUAGUGAUCCCCUGGAAAGAACAAACCAGCUGACCAGAGUUGAGACUGCUUCUGAAAGAAUGCCAAAGAAUGCACGUGGUGACAAGCCAGCUGAAAGUGACAGAUGGGGAGGGGCCUCGGCCCAGAACAACUGUCAGGAGAAGAGUGAACUCAGACUCUGUCACCAAUCAGCGGAAUCAUCCCCAAACCAUCCAUCCUCGCUCACAUCUCCUGCCUUCCAAGUGGAACCAGAAAUGCACCGACCAUUCAGCAUGGCGAAAUUGGCCGCCUCUUCCUCCCCCCAGCUGCCUGCUAAAAAAGGAGAUUCCUCCCAGGGAAAAGCAAGCCAGAUGGCAGCCUCCCUAGGGGUACCCAAGAACUGCACACCCGUGGAGGAGGACCACCCAUACUUCACACCAAGGCCAGCAACCAGGACCUACUCCAUGCCAACCCAGUUCUUAAGCCAUUUUGGACGGGAGGGUCAGUCCCCACACAACCCGGGUCGCUCUGCCCGGGACAGUCAAAUUCCUGUGACAGGUGGUGGUCUCCCCGAGGCAAAUGCCCCCAAAGGGGGUGUUGUUGGCCUGGUUAACGGACAGGGUGUAUAUAGUGUUAAGCCCCUGCAGGAAACAUCGAGGAUCCUUCCAGUAGCAGAUGAAGGGGAUACCGUUUCAGUCCAGGAGACGAGCUGCCUAGUCACAGACAAAAUCAAAGUCACCAGAAGACAUUACUGCUAUGAGCAGAACUGGCCUCAUGAAUCUACCUCAUUUUUCUCUGUGAAGCAGCGGAUCAAGUCUUUUGAGAAUUUGGCCCAUUCUGACCGGCCUGCAGCCAAGUCUGGGGCUUCCCCUUUCUUGUCGGUGAGCUCCAAGCCUCCUGUCGGGCGACGGUCUUCCGGCAGCAUUGCCUCAAGCAGCCUCGGCCACCAUGGGGACGCAGCGGCAAGGUCGCUGAGACGCAGCUUAAGUUCCUGCAGUGAAAGCCAAAGUGAAACCAGCGCCCUUCUCCCUCAGAUGACCAAGUCCCCAUCCAGCAUGACACUGACCUUCUCCCGACAGAAUCCGCCAGAGACCAAUAACAAGGGUCCUGGAUCUGAGCAAAAGAAAUUCCUUGGUCCUUCAGGAAUUCCCACCCCAACAGUAACCCCAGCCUCUCCUGCCAAGAGGAACAAGUCCUCCGUGCGCCACGCCCAGCCCUCACCCGUGUCUCGCUCCAAGCUCCAGGAACUGAGAGCCUUGAGCAUGCCCGACCUUGACAAGCUGUGCAGUGAGGACUACUCAGCAGGGCCCAGUGCUGUGCUCUUCAAAACUGAGCUGGAGAUCGUCCCCAGAAGGUCAUCUGGCUCCCUGGCUGGAGGCCUUUUGUGUCCUGAGAAGGGUGGGAAUAAUGCCUGUCCUGCAGGAAGCAGCCCUAAAACCAGUGAGCCUGGGACACCCAGUUCAGCCAAUGAGGUGGGCGAAAAUGCCCAGGAUCUGCUCUCUGGAAAAAGCUGGUCAGUUAAUUUGGAUCAACUUAUAAUCUCGGCGGGGGAACAGCAAAGAUUACAAUCUGUUUUAUCGUCAGUGGGAUCAAAAUCUACUGUCCUGACUCUCAUUCAGGAGGCGAAAGCACAAUCAGAGCAUAAAGAAGAUGUUUGCUUCAUAGUGCUGACUAGAAAAGAAGGCUCAGGUCUGGGAUUCAGUGUGGCAGGAGGGGCAGACAUGGAGCCCAAAUCAGUCAUGGUCCACAGGGUGUUUUCUCAGGGGGCAGCUUCUCAGGAAGGGACCAUGAGCCGAGGAGAUUUCCUUCUGUCAGUCAAUGGCACCUCACUGGCCGGCUUAGCCCAGGGGGAUGUCCAGAAGGUUCUACAUCAGGCACAGCUGUACAAAGAUGCCCUCGUGAUCAUCAGGAAAGGUACUGAUCAGCCCAGGCACUCUGCCAGGCAGGAGCCUCCCAAGACCAAUGGGAAAGGCCUGCUGUCCAGAAAGAUCAUCCCUCUGGAGCCCAGCAUUGGGAGAAGCACGGCUGCACGUGAUGCCCUCUGUGUUGAAGUGCUGAAGACCUCAGCUGGGCUGGGAUUGAGUCUGGAUGGGGGAAAAUCAUCUGUGUCUGGAGACGGGCCUCUGGUCAUCAAAAGUGUGUACAAAGGUGGUGCAGCUGAACAAGCUGGAAUAAUAGAAGCUGGAGAUGAAAUUCUUGCUAUUAAUGGAAAACCUUUGGUUGGGCUCAUGCACUUCGAUGCCUGGAAUAUUAUGAAGUCUGUCCCAGAAGGACCUGUGCAGUUAGUAAUUAGAAAGCAUAGGAAUUCUUCAUGAAUUUUAACAAGGCCUUUUAUCAGUUACCUUCUUACUUUAGCAAAACAGAACAAAUUCUUUAAACAAUGAGUUCUUGAAACUAAUAUUGGUAUAGAGAAGAACUAUGAAAAUUCCCAAGCUUAUAUUUAUACAUAUAGUCCGGCCUAUUAUAUGUGCAACAGCAAUGAAGUUGAACUCUGGAAGCCUUCUGCCUGGAUCACUCGAGGGAUUCCUUUUGUUCCAGUGCCUGUCCCCUACCAUUUAUGUUUGCCAGUGGGGAUACGAGAUCUGACAUGCCCUUUUUCAUUUGAAACACAGCUCUCCCAGCUAUACCUAAUCCUGGUGAUUAGGAAACAAAGUUUGAGGAUACCACAAAUGUUACAGCCAAAAGGAUUAUUUAGUUUUAUAUGAUUUUAUAAGUAAAUGACAGUGCUUUUAGGCACAUUCAAGGAAGAAGGAGCUGCAGGUCUAUUAUAUAUUACCCUGAAAAUAGAAUGGGACUGAAAAAUUAUGACCUACUUGUUAGGCUGAGCUCAGGAAUUGUCUGAAAAUGAAAAAGCAAAAUACAGAAAGUAAUAUUUUUUGAGUAUAAUGUAUGGAUGCAGAAUUCAAUGGGUUAUCGCUCACCAUGACAUGCUGAUCAUUUCCUAUCUGUAAAAGUCAUUAGGCUGUUUUUACAGAAUAGCAAUUCUAAUAAACUGUAUUAAAUAGCCGUGAGCUUUGCUGCUUAGAAGCAGAAAGUUCCAGAUCUGAAAGCACCUUAUAUCUAGUUUUCAAACUUGUCUUGAAUAAGUGCUUGAAUUCAAGACUAGUCAACACAAGAGCAGGCAAAAAUAUCAGUCACUGGGUUUCCGUUUCUAUGUUUUAUGUACUCCAACGAUUAAAUUUUAGAAAUCAUCUUUUUAAUCAUCCUUGUAUUUAUAAACAUGGCAUUAAUCCGAAUAGAGGAGCUUAAAAUAAUCAUUUUAAGGGGCUUUUUGUUUGGUUAUUUUCCCCCUUCCCCAACAUGUUUAAGAAAUAUAACAUUUCUGAGGAUUGGAUGUGCAGUGACUGGCGUUUUUGCGGCUCGUUUUCCAAAUUCUCACUUUGCCAAAAAUGUCUUCCUACAGAAGACUUUGUGACUCAUGCUGCUUGUGAAACUCACCCUGGCUGCUCCUUCUUUGAAGCACGAUCAUCUUCUCUUCCUUACAGUGGCUAUUCCGUUCACUGUCAUGAAGUUAUUUUCUUAGAUAAAUCACAAACCCUCAUCAGCUUUAUCAAAAUGUCAUGAGGAGGAAAAGAGAGAAACAGGGUGAGUGACUGUUGAAGUAAAGGAGCAGAACUAUGUAGUUACAACCCAACUCACUGAGUCCUGGGAAUACGGGUGAGAUUGCAUCUGUCAUACCUGCAUGCAUGAUUACACUUUUUUUUGUUGGAGAUAUUUCUUUAAAUAACCCACAGCUUGAGUCUGUGGCUAUGACCCCCAGAUCAUGGAGGUGCUUGAACCAUCAACCUUUGUACAUCAUUUUCUGAGUGACCAAUCCCACUAAGCAUUGUGGGGUCAACCUAGUCCUCAGAUGGGACUGAAAUAUCUGGCUUGGCUGAGCCCCUAUUUCUUAUUUUUCAACAGAUUAUACAAAGGAGAAUGUAGUACAAGAGUUAGCUAGAAAGGUCUGCUUGAUUUAGCUUCUACUUUUCACUACAAUUACAGGUAGGAUACUUACUAUAGGAAGUCAGUGCAAGGUGCAUGCUAGUUUUUUUGUCUCUGUGGUCGGUUUCAUGGUUUAUGCUUUUUUGCCUAAGUGACAAGAGAUUAUUUGAAGUCAACAACACUGAAAACUACUGUUUGCCUCCACUCAUACAGCUAUGCCCACUAAAAAGACAUGCACAGUUUUAUGUGGACGGAAAUUUCCAGAGCAGUGUGGAGCAACAGAAUGGUCUCCUUCUAAGAGUCCUUAAUCCUUGUAUCAGGAGUCCAAGGCUAGACCUCUGGCUUUACUACACUUGUUAAAAGCAUCAGCCCUUUCCACUAGAUCUUGCCAGAAGGGUUCCCUGGCCAACAGUUGAAAUUUAAAGGAAGAAGCAAAAGCUAAACUGUCUUUGACCCUGAGAUAGAAUGCUAUUUGUCUUCAGUGUUCAAGGCAUGACUAGUACUUCUAAUUAGUCUAAUAUUCCCACAAUUCCUGAAGUGAACAGUAAUGAUAUUGUCCUACUAAAACUGUCGGGUUUUUUUUCUUUUUAAACCAGUUAUUCACAACAAGCUACGAGGAUAAAUAUGUGUUAUAACAUGUAAAUCAUAGUGGCAAGAAUAUACCAUGAAGAAUAAAGUAGGUUGGGUUUUGUUUCCAUCUUCCCACACACAUCUCAUUGAAUUUGAUGGUUGACUCAAUUGGCACCACAGCUGUUGUAUGAUAUUAUACAUUAUCCUUUAUUUAUGUAAAAUAAAAUGCCUUAUAUAUUAAAGAGUAAGUGCAAUAAUAUGAAAUA